AUGGGUGUUCUCGCGCCCAAAACAGCUCCACGAGGGCGUCGUCAGUCAAAAAAGUCUACAGGCGUUGUCAGGGACGACUCAGAUGAUGAGCUUGGCAUAGAUGAUCUUCCAUGGGAAUGGAUUCUCGAGUCCAAUGAUGCGGAUACCCCACAGGACCAUGGCGACGACACGCAAACCUCUCGGAAGCGGAGGAGAGCCAAUACUGAGGGGCGGAUCAUGGGUGCCCGAAUGGGCAAGUUUGAGUGCUACGUUGGCGACUGUGUUCUACUGAAGGCGGAAGGGUCCAACGAGGCCUGGGUCGCCAUAGUCUGCGAGUUUUUAGAAGAAGAUGAUGGCGAAAAAGCAGCGAACUUCAUGUGGUUCUCGACAGAGAAGGAAAUCCGUAACAAGGAGAGGAAACGGUCGGAUUUCCUGCCUAAUGAACUGUACAUCUCACCUUCGUGGGAUGUAAAUCCGCUCGCCGCUGUCAACGGCACAGCCGUCGUCAUUUCUCAUCGAGAAUUUCAUCAAAAGUUCCCGUCGGGCAAAAUACCUCGAUCCUCACCCGAUUUUGGUAAGACCUUCAUCUGCCGUCGCGCAUGUAACACAAGAACAGCAACCUACACGGAUGAGUUUGUGUGGGAAGAAGUGUAUCAUGCGAGUGAGCAGGGCGUUUCUGACCUGAUCGGGUUUGUCAAAUCACAAACGAAGUCGACGCGACAUCGUCAGGCAGCGAGGCAAUCAACGCCGGAGCAGUCGUACAAGAUGACCACAGAUAGUUUGGCGGGUGCAUCGACGCCCAAACGAACCCCGAAGGCCGAACAUUCAACGCCCAAGGGAGAUGCCCGGAUAACGACGACACCUGGGUCUCGUAAACGGAUCGUGGUGAAGAAGACGCUCGAGUUUACGCCUUUAGGUACGAGAGUACUGUCACCAAAACGCUUGCAAUCUUCGCCUUUUCAGCUGGCUCGUUCCCAGCUCCACGUUGCCUCCGUACCAAGAAGCUUGCCUUGCCGCGAGAGCGAGUUCAACCUGGUGUAUUCACACCUGGAGGCAGCCAUUGCGGAUGGUUCAGGAAGCUGUAUCUAUAUUGCUGGUACUCCAGGGACGGGGAAGACAGCCACUGUCCGAGAAGUGAUAUCUCGCCUAGAAGACAGCGUGAAGGCCGAUGAACUUGACGAUUUCAUAUUCGUAGAGAUCAAUGGCAUGAAGAUCACCGACCCUCACCAGUCCUACACCCUCCUGUGGGAGGCACUCAAAGGCGAGAGAGUUAGUCCUACACAAGCCAUCGACCUUUUAGAGAGAGAGUUCAACAAUCCAAGUCCUCGCCGGACGCCGUGCGUUGUGCUGAUGGAUGAACUGGACCAGCUGGUGACGAAGAACCAGAGCGUCAUGUACAACUUUUUCAACUGGCCUGGCCUUCGACAUAGCAGGCUCAUUGUCCUAGCUGUUGCGAAUACCAUGGACCUUCCGGAGAGAACUCUGAGUAACAAAAUCAGCAGUCGCAUAGGCUUGACAAGAAUCACAUUCCCAGGCUAUAACCAUGAACAGCUCAUGAAGAUUAUUCAGUCAAGGCUCGAAUGUGUGCCCGGGAGCAUCGUGGAGGCGGACGCUAUUCAAUUCGCCAGCCGGAAGGUGGCUGCAGUGAGCGGCGAUGCAAGAAGAGCCCUGGACAUUUGUAGGCGAGCUGUAGAGCUCGCCGAAGGCGACACCCGCAUCGAGACGCUUGUAGUCAACCCCGAGGCACGACGAUCAACCCCGAGCAAAGGCAGACCAUCAGAUGCGCCAGUCAAGGUCACUAUCGCCACAAUCAAACGUGCCAUCAACGAGGCCACGACCAAUCCUGUCCAACAACACCUUCGGUCUCUACCUUUCGCACCCAAGCUAUUCCUGUGUUCGUUGCUAGUCACAAUACAAAGAAGCGGCACUGUUGAGACGACAUUCGGCGAUGUAGUGGACGAAAUACACCGCAUCAUCAACCUGGACACGGCGACUCUCGAGUCCACCAUCCUCGGAGCUCUGUCGACGGGGCCAUCAGGAGGUGACGUCGGCCAAGGCAAUGGUAGUAUCCGAGUAGUCCAAUCUCUGGCGCUUCCUCAGGCGGCGCUUGAACUAACGGGCGCUGGCAUCAUUGUGCUAGAAGCACAUAAACCAGAACGACCAAGCAAGGUACGUCUCGCUGUGGGUGAUGAGGAGGUCAAGAUGGCGUUUCGAGAUGAUGGAGAAGUAAAAGCCUUGGGUCUGUUUUUCUAG